GUCGUCUCUUUGGCUGGCGAAGCGCUUGAGAUUGCGCUGUAAAUGUUAGCCUCAAGUCUGUAUAUCGUCUUUCUCCAGCACAGUUCAGCUUUGCUUACCCCUGGCUUGGCGACAGUGGCCGGUUGGGUCCUCCCUUUCGACCCAGGUACUGCCGGGCCUCCAUCUUUUUGUCCUUUCGGACACCAAACUCUUUGUCCAGUAUGUACUACACCGCUCAAUUUUCUUGUCGUCACUGGACAGAGUCAUCUCGACUCUCCCCUUGACAGAACCUUUCUCGACCAUGCCUAAAGCCAUGGUGCAGCCUGAGUCGCUGCACCCAGACUGCUCUGAGGUGCC